CUAUUCGCCAGUACGGGCUUAGGCGUCGCGACGUCGAGUCAGUUACAUCACACGAACUUCCGCGUUCGAGCGCGCCAAAAUUCUGUAGCUUACGUCAUCCAUACGUCAUAAUACAAAUAUUAUAUAAGUACUCUAUACACGUGGUACAUGAACUGUCAAAUUAUUUAAUCGCCAUUUUAAGCUCUAGUGUCUACAGAAUAGUAUUGAAAAUCGAUUGUUUGAUAAAUAUCGCGUGUGUUCUAUAAUACCUGUUUUUUUUCAAUGUCACGAGUAAGAUAAUGAUUUGUCUCUAAAUGUAAUGAUAGUGGAUAUUUUAAUGUGUGUGGACGAUGUGAGUCCAACGUGGUGUACGCUUUAGUUAAUUUUAAGUAAUUAAUUUAUUGAUUGUGAUAUUUUUAAACGCUUAUUAAUAUAAUAGAAGAAAUAAAAAUGGACUUCAUAAUCGGCGGUCUAGCCGGCGCCGGCGCAACUAUAUUCACAAACCCGAUGGACGUUGUGAAGACUCGGCUGCAGCUACAAGGAGAGCUGCGCGCGCGCACAGAGACUAACACUCGAUAUAGGGGGAUAUUUCACGCGCUGUAUGUUAUCGCGAGGGCUGACGGUGCCAUGGCGUUGCAGAAGGGGCUUGCUCCAGCUAUGGUGCUUGGGUUCACUAUGAAUUCUGUCAGGUUGGGCAUGUACCACGUAGCAGAAGUGAAUGGCUGGACAAAAAACAAGAACGGUGACAUAAGCAUAGAGAAGGCAAUAUUCUGGUCAGGCGUGAGCGGUAUUAUGAGCGGCGUCACUGGCAACCCAGCCUCUGUGGUGAAGACCAGGAUACAGGCUGCUGCACAUCCCAGCAUAGCUGUUGGGAGACAGCAUAAAUAUAAAGGAAUGUGUGACGGAGUAGUCACGAUCUACAAGACUGAGGGUCUGCGAGGCUUCUUCGCGGGAGUCUCCGCGACCUGCACGAGGCUAGCUAUAGGAAGUGCAGCACAGCUCACCACAUUCUCCAAAGCCAAAGAAGCGUUGCAGUCGCACGGCUUUUUCACAAACUCCCCCCUUGGACUCGCAUUCGGGGCCAGUGCUGUCAGCGGCGUGGUGGUAGCCUUAGCCAUAUGCCGCUUCGACGUCACCACCGUCCGUUUAUACAACCAGGGUUCUGCCGUCAGCGGUGCCGUCUUAUACAAUGGAGUUCUCGACUGCCUCUCAAAAAUAUACAGAACCGAAGGCAUUCACGGUCUCUACAAAGGACUAGGACCACUCUACCUGAGGAUAGCCCCUCACACUACCCUCUCCCUCGUUAUAUGGGACGUGCUCAACAACCUCUUAGCGAAAAGUAAAAUAGAAGAAAAAGUUGUGGUUUAAUCUGGAGUUUUAUUUCACAUAAUAAAAUACUUCAAAAACAAAAACUCAAAUCAUGCUUGGAAAGCGAUGGGUGGCGUAAAAUGUAUUUCCCAUUCGAGGUCUAGUGAGCUACUUUCUGAACUAUCAUCUUCAUCAUCUGCACUACAGCAACUGCAUUCCGACUCUUUUAGUUCUUCAUCACUGCAAGUGCAUUCUGGAUUAUUAGGAUCGUAUAUCCCAAUGGCCUGGUUAUACGCUCUAAGGCAUGUCUUCUCGCAAACUUCAGGGUGGUACGGGUCCACCCAGACUUUAUCUACGGCUUCUUUGGUAAGACGACGUUGCUUUCUCAGCCGUUUUUGUAUCCUUUCCUCAUUGUCCUCUCGAGUUAUCCUGUAGACGAGAGGAGUAUACUGGUCUAAGUUGACGUCACUAUCUUCGGGAGAUGCCUGCAUUUCGACACGAUACUCCCCAUUCUUCUUACUAAUAAUGAGCGUCGGUUUGUCUUCCACACGCUUCUUCGUCUUUUUGGUCAGCUUUACUUUCUUCUCAGUGUGGGUUUGACGCUUUGCGUUAUUCAAUUUCCUUAGAAGACGUUUGGAUAUUGCGCCUGGUUUCCAACCCGCAUUGGGAAUCUGUUGAAUUCAAUUUUAUUGCAAGUUAAUUGAACUCAAUUAGUUUUGAAAAAUUAAUUUUGUACAAUAUACGCAAACAAAACAAAAUAAAAUAAAAUAAAUGCUUACUUGCGUCCGUUCACUGCUCUUUGUUAUAUACCUAGAUAUGUGAUGCUUUUCUUAAUCGCACCAAUUAAAAUGCUAUUUUCUGAGCAGGCACUUAUGUAGGUAGGUGUAUGUGUAUUGUAAAAGUUGACUAGGAGUUUUAUAAAACAAGAAACUAAAGGAUGAAGUCGAUAAGAAUACUAUGGAAAAGGUUAAGUAAAAA